AUGUGCCGAGGAGUGCCCAGCCUGGACGGAGCAGCAGCUGCCCGCCGUGCGCGCCGGCCAUUGUCCGCGCGGCUCCCGGCGCAAAAGGAAUAUAGUUACGCGGGCCGCCAGCCUGGAACAAUUGAAUUAUGCUCAGCUAUUAAGCCCUUCGUGGCGAGCAGGAGCUUUGUGCCUACGCCGAUCGUCGCCUGCCGGUAUCGAGAUAUAUACGGUGGGCAAUAUAAAGCCGCCGAUGUAUCGGGAUUACCGCGGCAAUUACGCUCU